AUGGAGUGCGUGCUACCUGCCCCUCGGCGCGACAGAGGAGAGACAGGAGAGACCCAGGACGGGAGCCACGCGGAGGGCAAGGCUUUCCCGGAGUCGGCCACCUCACGGCUAACGGCUAACAAGGACGGGAUAAUUACAGGUGGAGUGUGGGUCGCGGUAGAGAGACGAAUGAACCGUGUGGCAAAAGCUGAGUGCGCAGGAAAUGGGGUGUCACAGCGCGUGCUUGUUGGCCAUUAUCCUGGCAUCCUAAUGAAGUGUGGGCAGUGCACGAGCAGGUCUCUGGACGCCAUGUCCGACGCUCGGAUGGGCAGGGCCAGUACACACAUCCUGGGCCUUCUCUGCGCCUGUACCCCAUCUGCCUGCGCGCUACAGAGCACCACUGGGAUAUGGAGGCGCAGGACGCAUGCGCCCCGCUCCUGGCUGCUGCCACGAACAGACUGGGCUCAGGCCAUUAGGACGAGCCGCGAGUGA